AUGCCUGGUCUCUAUACAUGUCAUUUCUGUGGGCGAAAGUUUCGUACGGAGCAAGGCACUGUCUCGCAUACCAGCCAAUCAUCCGCGUGCAAAAAAAAGCGCAAUGAGCAAGCGAACGGACACCGCACCCAUACCGAGCACCUCCAUUCCAACGCACCUCAGCAUGAUCCUAGUAUUGAAGACGGCAUUCCGGGAGAAGAGUUCCUGCACGACACUGGAAGAUCCACAAUCCCCGAUCCGCCGCUGCAGCAGCCGAACCCCCAUCGGGUGACCGUUGAAGAGGUCGAGGACGAGGACGCAGGCGGGAUUCCGAAACGUCUGUGGCGUGGAGAGUAUCCGAGGUCAAGUCGUGCGGGCGAGCGGAUUCGGAAGGCACACACCAUGUUCGACACACUCCUCCAGCAGCGGAGGGCUGAGAAGAUACCUCCUGAGUCACCUUUCUCGUCCGAGGAGGAGUGGGAGCUUGUGAAGUGGCUCUUCGCCACUGGCAUGAGCCAAGAGGAUAUGGACAAGUUCCUACAUCUCCGUCUGGUCGAAAAGAAGACGCAGUUGUCCUUCAAGAACAAGUACGAGCUCCUAAAGAAGAUGGAGCAGCUCCCGAGGAGCGCGGCGGAGUGGAUAUGCAAUGAAUGGGAGGUGAUCGGGGACGUACCAGACGAGAUGGGGCAGAUGAAGACAGAGGAUAUUGAGCUUUGGCGACGCGAUCCCGUUGAGUGCAUCCGGGAGCUCAUCGGCAACCCCGUCUUCUGCGAGUUCCUCAAAUACGCGCCAGAAAGGCUGCUGACGCGGAUGGAAAAUGGGGAGAUCGUGAUCGACGAGAUGUGGACAGCGGAUUGGUGGUGGGAAAUGCAGGGAAACCUCCCACCUGGUGCGACAAUCGCCCCCGUUAUCCUUGCCUCCGACAAGACCCAGCUCUCCCGUUUCUCCGGUGACAAGCAAGCAUGGCCGUCCACCCGAUCUCUCGAAAUAUGGCGGGUGUUCCACCACUGCAUGGCGAAGAUCUUGGAACCGUUGAAGGCUGCGGCGCGGGAUGGUGUCGAGAUGGUGUGCGCGGACGGCUUUGUCAGGCGUGUUCAUCCUCUCAUCGCCGCCUACAUCGCCGACCAUCCGGAGCAGUGCCUUGUGUCUUGUUGUCAAGAGAACUUCUGCCCCAAGUGCUCUGUCCACGCGAAGUCGCUUGGCGUACCCGACUAUGCUAUCAUGAAGGAUCAGGAAUCAGUCUGGGAUAUCAUCAACGACAAAGCUCACGGGCGCAAAACUCCAGAAUUCAAGGCACUUGGCUUGCGGCUCGUCGAUCCCUUCUGGCGUGGGCACCCCCAUUGCGACAUCUGCUCCUGUAUCACCCCCGACAUCUUGCAUCAGCUACACAAAGGAGUAUUCAAAGAUCAUACUGUGUCGUGGGCUACAGAUGCUCUUGACGGCAAGGAAGACGAGCUUGAUCGGCGUUUCAAGGUGAUGCCGUCGCAUCCAGGCCUGCGUCAUUUCAAGAAGGGGAUAUCCCUGGUGUCGCAGUGGACGGGGACGGAGUUCAAGCACAUGGAGCGAGUGUUCUUAGGCGCCAUCGCGGGCACCGCGUCCAAUCCCGCUGUCCAGCGCGCGUUGCGGGCGGUCCUCGACUUCAUCUACUACGCGCAUUUCGAAGCUCACACAAAUCGCUCCCUCGCUCUCCUCGACGCCGCAUGGCGCAGCUUUCACCAGCACAAACAAGUCUUCAUCACCCUCGGUAUCCGCGAGCACUUCAACAUUCCAAAGCUCCAUGCCAUGCUCCACUACGCCCUCUCCAUCCGUCGACUCGGCUCCGCUGACGGCUUCAACACGGAAGCCACGGAACGCCUUCAUAUCGAUACCACCAAAGACGGGUACAACGCCUCAAACAGACGCGACUACAUCAAACAGAUGGCGGCCUGGCUCAACCGGCAAGAGCUAAUCGCUCGCUUCCAGCGCUUCCUCGACUGGGCCGACUCCACGACAACAACGAGGACGAGCAGCGGGGAAGGGGGCACACAGGAGGAGGAGGAGGCAUUCAGUGAGGAGGAGGAGGAGGACGGAGACGUUGCGAUGCGCGAUGCCACCGAUGCGCGAACGGAACAAUUCAAGUUGAACAGUGAGCCACCCCACUAUCUCAUCGCGAAGAGACCACCCUUUUCCCGCACCACUGUCCGCGAUCUCGUCAACUCUUACGGCUGCAUCGACUUCGCUCGGAACCUUGAACAGUUCUUGACGAGCUCGUUCCUAUCCCACCCCCUCGUUGUUCCUGCGGCCACAAUCAACGCUCAAACGUUCCCGGUGUAUCACCGGGCGACAGUCUAUCUCGCCCCCCUCCGCCAAGUAUCAUCCACAUAUGUGGCAGACACCAUUCGUGCACGGCCCAAACAGCAAGCACGACCCUUACGCCGUGCUGUACCAGGUCAUUUCGACACGGUCCUUGCAUGGGAGCCGGGGGUCGAUAUUCCGCCAGGGCCGUCGCUGGUUUCUCCAGGCUUACGGGUUGCCCGUGUACGAGCCAUUUUUAGGCUACCCGCAAUAUAUGGGGGGCGAUUCAAGCAUCCGCUUGCAUAUGUUGAGUGGUACACUCCUUUCCACGAACCUGACCCAACAACGGGGAUGUUCCAAGUGUCCGUAUCCUCACAUAACCACCAUCGCCGCUCGUCCAUCAUCCCCAUUACGUCUAUUGCUCGAAGUUGCCAUUUGAUACCUGUUUUCGGAAAAGCAGUCAACCGUGCGUGGACCACAGACAACGUACUCGAUUUGUGUAAGAGGUUCUUCGUCAAUCCCUAUCUACGGCAUCAUGAUUUUGUACUAUUCCGUUACCUUAAUCAUGUCUCCUAG